GAAGUCCUGAUGAUGCUUGAUAACUACGUAAGAGACUUCAAAGCACUGAUUGACUGGAUACAGCUACAGGAGAAGCUAGAAAAAGCUGAUGCUCAAAGCAGACCUACUUCAUUAGCCUGGGAAGUAAAGAAAAUGUCUCCAGGACGACAUGUGAUUCCAAGUCCAUCAACAGACAGAAUUAGUGUGACCUCAAGUGCUCGAAGAAGUUUAAAUUUUGGGAACCCUGCCGUGACAAUUUCUGCAACACGCCUGGCUCCUUCUGGUGUCAGUUGGGCUGAUAAAGUAAAAGCCAAUCAUGGAACUAAAGCUGCCGUUCCUGAGCUAGCAACAGCACAAACGUGUCUGCCACCUCCAGCACAGAAAUCAUCACGGAAAAAUGAUCGAAAGGAUGCGGAGGGCUGGGAAACAGUUCAGCGUGGAAGGCCUGUUCGAUCUCGAUCUACAGCUUUGGCAACAAAAUCUCCUGUAGUUGUAGAAUCACUGAAGUCCAAAUGUGACAGUGACAAAGAAAAUGUCAUUUCACCACCCUCAGAGGCUAAACAAGAGACUUUGCUCGCUGACAGUGGUACAUGCAAAGGCACAGAGCUUGCACAGAAAGAUCCUUUACACCAAUCUGAAGGUCCUCUUACUGAAAAGACUCAGUUCACAGCACAAGUCUCAGAAGACAAUGGAAGUCCUGGCACACCACUGCAGAAAGAUUCCUCACAGGCAGUAUCUGAGAUGCCUCCAGUUCUCACAAACAAAGACUGUACUUCAAAAACUCUGCAGAUAAAUGAAGCUUCCUCCCUGAUCACUGAUCAGCAUCAAACAGAAAAAGCUAAAACUGAAACUGAAAUGGAUCCCUCAGAUAUUUCAAAUGUGAGUGCUGCCAGAUUGUCUAUGGCAGAAGUCCUUGCUAAGAAGGAAGAGUUAGCAGACCGCCUGGAAAAGGCAAAUGAAGAAGCCAUUGCCAGCGCUAUUGCAGAAGAGGAGCAGUUAACAAGAGAGAUUGAAGCAGAGGAAAACAACGACAUUAAUAUUGAGACCGACAAUGACAGUGAUUUCUCUGCUAAUAUGGGCAAUGGAGGCAUAACUUUCUGUGGUAUGUCCAUGGACUGGAAUGAUGUUCUGGCAGAUUAUGAAGCUCGUGAAUCAUGGCGCCAGAGCAAUUCUUGGGGAGACAGAGUGGAAGAAGAGCCUGCACGUCCACCUGGCCACGGGAUACACAUGCAUGAGAAGCUGUCAUCACCAUCACGCAAAAGAACGAUAGCAGAAUCCAAAAAGAAACAUGAAGAGAAACAAAUGAAAGCUCAACAGCUGAGAGAAAAGUUACGGGAAGAAAAGACACUAAAACUUCAAAAAUUAAUGGAGAGGGAGAAAGAUGUACGGAAAUGGAAAGAAGAAUUGUUAGAUCAAAGACGCAGGAUGAUGGAGGAGAAAUUACUCCAUGCGGAAUUCAAACGUGAAGUGCAGCUACAAGCAAUUGUGAAAAAAGCACAAGAGGAAGAAGCUAAGGUAAAUGAAAUUGCAUUUAUAAACACCUUGGAAGCUCAGAACAAACGCCAUGACGUGUUGAACAAACUAAAAGAAUAUGAGCAGCGCUUAAAUGAAUUGCAAGAGGAGCGUCAGCGAAGACAAGAGGAGAAACAAGCACGUGAUGAAGCUGUUCAGGAGCGCAAAAGGGCCCUGGAAGCAGAACGACAAGCCCGAGUUGAGGAGCUGCUGAUGAAGAGGAAAGAACAGGAAGCACGGAUUGAACAGCAGAGGCAAGAGAAAGAGAAAGCACGAGAAGAUGCAGCACGGGAGAGGGCCAGAGAUCGAGAAGAGAGGUUGGCAGCUCUUACUGCAGCUCAGCAAGAAGCCAUGGAAGAACUACAGAAGAAGAUUCAGCUGAAGCACGAUGAAAGCAUUAGAAGGCACAUGGAACAAAUUGAACAAAGGAAAGAGAAAGCAGCUGAAUUAAGCAGUGGAAGACAUGCUAAUACUGAUUAUGCACCAAAACUUACACCAUAUGAACGAAAAAAACAGUGCUCGUUAUGCAACGUAAUGAUUUCAUCAGAAGUAUAUCUUUUUAGCCACAUUAAAGGGAAAAAGCACCAACAAGCUGUGAGAGAAAACAGUAGCAUACAAGGGCGAGAGCUUUCAGAUGAAGAAGUGGAGCACUUGUCAUUAAAAAAGUACAUUGUGGACAUUGUGAUUGAGAGCUCUGUUCCUGUGGAGCCCUUAAAAGAUGGAGAAGAGAAACAAAAAACUAAAAAGAAAGCCAAAAAGCUAAAGGCACGGAUGAACUCCAGGGCAAAGGAAUAUGAGAGUUUGAUGGAAGGAAAAAAUGCUGUCUCUGAUUCCCCAUUUAAAGCCAAGUUACAGCGAUUAGCAAAAGACCUCGUAAAGCACCUCCAAAUGCAGGAUAGCUGUUCACUGGGGAACAACAAGGUUUCUGCUCUGGACAGGACUUUGGGAGAGAUCUCUCGUAUUCUGGAGAAAGAGAACACAGCAGAUCAGAUAGCAUUUCGGGCUGCAGGAGGAUUGACUGCCCUUGAAAAUGUUCUUCAAGCCAUGACUUCUCCCACCAACUUGAAUGCAGUUUCACGGAUUCCUUAUAAGUCACUCUGCAGUACCGUAAAUGCUUACAGCCUCACCUGCAGUAACUGUGUAGAAAACUGUACCUAUGUUCUUUUUAGUAAUAAGAUCACUUUUCUAAUGGACCUGUUGGUACACCAGUUUACGGUUAGUGUUCCAGAUGACCAUAAUGCUACUUCAGGCAGAAGUGCAAAUAAGCAGGUAUUUGAAGGUUUAACAGCAGAACUUCUGGGGAUAACAGCUGUGAUUUUCAGAUGUCUAAUCUCCAGCUUCCCAGAUGGAAACAACCACUCCACUGCACUGAAUAUAUUACAGGAAGUGAAAAGUAAAUCCUCGCAAGUAGAAGCUUUCAGCAGCAGAGUCCAAGACCUAAUCAGUUAUGUGGUGAACAUAGGACUGAUAGACAAACUGUGUUGCUGUUUCCUCUCCGUUCAAGGCCCUGUUGAUGAGAAUCCCAAAAUAGCAACUUUUCUGGAAAAUGCCACUGCAGUGCUGCAUGGAAUAUGUCAGCUAUGUUUUGCGGUCAAUGGAAGAUCUUGGAACAUAUUUGACAAUACACGUCAGGAUCCCACAGGACUAACAGCAGUUCUUCAGUCUACGGAUCUGGUUGGAGUCUUGCAUAUGCUGUACUGUGUGCUUUUCCACGGGACAAUUUCAGAUCCAAACACAGCAAGUCCUAAAGACAGCUAUGCAGCAAACACAAUCCAGGUUGCUAUUCAGAGUUUACGUUUCUUCAAUAGUUUUGCUGUUCUUGAUCUGCCUGCCUUCCAGUCUAUUGUGGGUGCUGAAGGACUGUCCCUUGCGUUCCGGCAUAUUAUCAGCUCCCUGCUGUGGUAUUGUUCCCAGCAUACGUACGAAGGAUUGCUGCACGAAGUCAUUAUUUGUGUGGGCUAUUUUACUGUAAACAACCCAGAUAAUCAGAUCAUUGUACAAUCUGGCCGCCACCCCACAGUGCUGCAGAAACUAUGCCAGUUGCCUUUCCAGUAUUUCAGUGAUCCUCGUUUAAUCAAAGUGCUCUUCCCUUCGCUAAUAGCUGCUUGUUACAAUAACCCUCAGAACAAGAUCAUCCUGGAGCAGGAGAUGAGCUCUGUUUUGCUUGCCACGUUCAUCCAGGAUUUUGCUCAGAGUUCAGGCCAAACGGAUAAUCAGUUCUCUCAGCAGAGGGAAAAAAAUUUCACUUCUCAAGACUUUCUUGAGCUGUCCAACAGAUUCCCCCGCCAGUCCUGGGAAGAAGCUCGACAGUUCUUCUUGAAAAAAUAA